AAUUUUUCUUUUCCUUAAUUUCAGGAAUUGAUUGGCCCAGUGAUAUUUCUAUGGAAACAGUUUCCACGGAAACAGGUCUCACACCUUCAUGCAGAAAACAUUUUGACGGUGACAUAUCAGACUCCUCUGUGGGUGAGGACUGUGGGUCGGGUAUGGCGGACCACUGGUGUUCCGUGGCUUACUGGGAACUACGUCAACGGGUGGGACGGCUGUACAUCGUACACGAACCUUAUCUCAACAUAUUUCAAGAUCUACCUCACGGGAACGGUUUCUCCUUGGGUCUAGUCCAAGGCAAAACGGAUGUGGACUGUGUGAAACGGACGCGGGAAAAAAUAGGGCUCGGCCUCGUUUUGAGUCGGGAAGCAGACGGAGUUUGGUUGUACAAUCGGUCAAAUUUUCCGGUGUUUGUGAACUCUCCCACGUUAGAUAACCCUAGUUCUCGAACGUCUGUUGUGAUUAAAGUGAACCCGGGAUAUUCUAUGAAUAUUUUUAAUUACGAUAUGGCCAGUGUUUUUAGUGCUGUUAAAGAGAGGAGCUGUCUGGAUGGGCCCUAUGACCCGACGUCCAUACGGAUUAGUUUUGCCAAAGGAUGGGGACCUUCGUAUCACAGGCAGUUUAUUACGUCAUGUCCGGCAUGGUUAGAAGUACUACUCAAUAUAAACAGGUGACGUCACGCCAAUCGUCACGUGACGUCAGUUGCCAUAGAAACAUUUUAUGUUCAUUUAUAUAUUUAAAUGAAUUAUCAAAGAGAUCAUGUUAUUUAUAAUGUCAUAACACACCGAA